AUGAAUAUCGCUUUGGCAUUGACCAGUGGUACACAAGCCACUUUCUUUUGGUUACCGUUCAAAACAUAUGGUUCCAUAAAGAAUUGGGGUUCAAACCCUUCUGCUUCUUACCAUAUUAAAAGCAUUACAGCAUCUGGCGAAGGAUUAUACAAGAUCAAACUUGGUUUCACUUGUUCAACAGGGUUGAGAAAGGAGAAGUUAUCUAAGUUGAAGAUUACUUCAGGAGGUAAAGAUUGCAAAGUGUUGUUUGACAAGGAUGCUGAUAAGGACGAGAUUUCAGACCCUAACAAUUGGAUAACCGAGUUUGAUAUUGAAGCAAAGGAUAAUGGUGACAAAUUGUGCGCUAAAAAUUUUGAUGUUCAUUAUGAAUGGAACAAGGCUGAUUACUAUUCAAAGUACAAAUACUGCUUUGGAAAGGACAACGAUUACAAGGACUUCAAUUAUCCAUGCUUUUGUUGGGAAAAACCAAAGACUUCAAUUACCUGCACCACUUCUACUGCUCCUCCAACACCCUCAACCACCUGUACCACCCCAACCACCACCACUUGUACCAAAAAGACCAAGUCUACCACACCAUGUUCAAGUACUACACCAUCUACUACUCCUCCAACAUCCUCAACCACCUGUACCACCCCAACCACCACCACUUGUACCAAAAAGACUAAGUCUACCAUACCAUGCUCAAGCACUACACCAUCUUCUAGUGUGCCAUCUUCUAGUGUUCCACCAUCUUCAAGUGCUCCACCAUCUUCAAGUGCUCCACCAUCUUCAAGUGCUCCACCAUCUUCUAGUGUGCCAUCUUCUAGUGUUCCACCAUCUUCAAGUGUUCCACCAUCUUCUAGUGUUCCACCAUCCUCUAGUGUGCCAUCUUCCAGUGUUCCACCAUCUUCUAGUGUGCCAUUUUCAAGUGUUCCACCAUCUUCAAGUGUGCCAUCUUCUAGUGUGCCAUCUUCUAGUGUUCCACCAUCUUCUAGUGUGCCACCUUCUAGUGUUCCACCAUCUUCAAGUGUUCCACCAUCUUCAAGUGUGCCAUCUUCUAGUGUGCCAUCUUCUAGUGUUCCACCAUCUUCAAGUGCUCCACCAUCUUCAAGUGCUCCACCAUCUUCUAGUGUGCCAUCUUCUAGUGUUCCACCAUCUUCUAGUGCUCCACCAUCUUCAAGUGCUCCACCAUCUUCCAGUGUUCCACCAUCUUCUAGUGUGCCAUCUUCUAGUGUUCCACCAUCUUCCAGUGCUCCACCAUCUUCAAGUGCUCCACCAUCUUCCAGUGUUCCACCAUCUUCUUCAAGUGUGCCAUCUUCUAGUGUUCCACCAUCUUCCAGUGCUCCACCAUCUUCAAGUGCUCCACCAUCUUCCAGUGUUCCACCAUCUUCUAGUGUGCCAUCUUCUAGUGUUCCACCAUCUUCAAGUGUUCCACCAUCUUCUAGUGUUCCACCAUCUUCAAGUGUGCCAUCUUCUAGUGUGCCAUCUUCUAGUGUUCCACCAUCUUCAAGUGCUCCACCAUCUUCAAGUGUUCCACCAACGUCCCUGACUCCAGUUUGCUCUGGUGAAGAAUGUCCACCACCACCAUCUUCUUCAAGUGUGCCACCACCAGCUUCUCUGACUCCAGUUUGCUCUGGUGAAGAAUGUCCACCACCACCAUCUACAAGUGUGCCACCACCAGCUUCUCUGACUCCAGUUUGCUCUGGUGAAGAAUGUCCACCACCACCAUCUUCUUCAAGUGUGCCACCACCACUAGCUGAAACCUCUGGUCCUGUUCCACCACCACCAGCUGAAACCUCUGGUCCUGUUCCACCACCACCAGCUGAGUCAACAACAAUGAUUUCCAUUACUGUUUGCACUGGUGAAGGAUGCACUACACCAGCUGGAGACGUCCCAUCCAAUCCUUCAGAAACUACUGAAGCCUCCUUAUCAACCCCAGUUAUUCCAACUGUUUCAUCCUUUUCAAGUGUUGCAACACCUUCAGUUACCUCGUUGGUCUUCAAUGGAGCUGCAAAUGUUUACAGCACCAAUGUCUUUACCUUAAUCUUGGGUUUCAUUGCCUACUUAUUUGUUUAA